CCGCAGUGCGCCGGCUCCUGGUUCGAAACAGUUAGGAGAUGGACUGACUCCAGCUUCCGCUCAGGGAGGCGCUCCUGAGCGGCCUAGCCUCCCAGGGCCAUGAAGAAGUCUGUCCCGAAAAACGUUAAAGGAAAACAAGUCAACCUCAAGGUCAAGCCAUCUGUACACGACUUGAGCAAAACUCUUCAGACCAAGCUCACUGUGGGUACUCUGGGAUUAGGCCUGAUCAUCAUCCAGCAUGGGCCCUACCUUCAGAUCACCCACCUCAUUACCAAGGGAGCUGCAGCCAGGGAUGGAACACUCCAGCCAGGUGAUGUUUUGAUUAGUGUUGGCUAUGCAAAUGUGUUAGGUUAUACUCUUCGAGAAUUUUUAAAGCUUCUGCAACAUAUCACCAUAGGAACAAUACUACAAAUAAAAGUUUACCGAGAUUUUAUAGACAUACCCCAAGAAUGGCAAGAAAUAUAUGAUUUAAUCCCUGAGACCAAAUUCCCAAUCACACGCACAACAAAGAAAAUUGAGGAGGCAAAAGAUAUCGGAUCUGUCACAAGCAGUGAUGAUGAUGAAGCUUUUGAUACAAGACUUAAGUACUAUAAAUAUCCACAGUCCACUGGACAUUACCCUGUAAGGAGACCAAUGUCUAUCUCCAGAGAAUGGCAUGGAUAUAAAAAGAAUAACCAUGUAAUGUGUGUAGGAAAAGACAUUAACUGUGAUGUGAUGAUCCACAGAGAUCACAAGAAAGAAGUGAGGGCCCCUUCUCCCUACUGGACCAUGGUGAAGCAAGACAAUGAAAUCUCCUCCUCCUCCUCAACUUCCUCCACCUCAGAUGCAUUUUGGCUGGAAGACUGUACCCCUGUUGCAAAGGGCAGUGGUGAACCAGUAUCACGAUUUGGUUAGGCAGCAGUUUUCAAAUCUGUGACCGCAGAAGCAUUUAUCUUGAAAACACCCAUUUUUUUGGUGCACUUUUGAGUGUUAGGUUGAUAAAUACUUGAAAGAGAGACUAGAAACAGAAGAGGGAGAAGAUGAGAGGGGAAAAAAAAAACACACCAAAAUUGUGCCACAGUGAAGAUAAACAUAAAAAAUGAAGCAGUGCAAAUAUAGGCUACAGCUAACAGCGUCAGCUACUGCGUCAAUCUGCUGAAGAACUGUGGAUGGCGGAGUGUAUGAGCCAGCAGCUAGAGCCUGGGAACCAACUUCAUCCAGGAAACCCUCAGAAGACUCCACUGACAUCAGGUAGCCAGCUUUCAGCUUGUUCCUGUCCAGUGAAAGGAAGACUAAGAACCAAAACGUUUUUGAACUAAAAAUGUGUCAACUCCAUCAAAAUGGCAGGAAAUAAACAGAACUUGGCAUUAAUAACCAAAAUUCUACACUUAUUAAGAAAAUACAUUUUCUUAAAUAAAGCUCUCAAAGUAUCAUGUAAUUAAUACUGCUAUCUAAGAAGAAAGCAGUAAACCAUACGCAGCCCAUCUGUAAAGACUGUCCAUGCCUGGAAUGCUGGAGUCAUGAAGGAUCAAGUUCUAAUGAUGUGAGUGGGUAUAAUAAACCGGGCCCAUGAUUUGCUCCAUCCCAACCUUGGCAUCAUUCGGGGUCUGUUAACUUACUUUACCCUCCAAGUGAGCUGCCUAUUUCCAUAGCCAUACCCCAGACCUGAACACUGAAAUCCUCAAUUCCAAGACCUUUGGCCUGUCUUUAAUCAUGCUAUCCAUAUCUUCCAUUUUUGCCAACAUCUCUAGUUCCUUGAUUUGUCCACUUUUGAUCUAUCACGUCCCACUGACUUUACUUCUUUAGCCUAAAUCCAUGAAUUAUCCUUUCAGCCACUCCUACCAGUGUUUCCAACUCCUGCCACCUCUUCAUACUUCUGACCAGCCUACUUUGCAAGACUGCAACCUGGGAUCAACCCUACAGCUUGCCUCCUCCAUUUUUCCAUUAGGCUAGACAUCUGACUAUGAAUCCGCUUCUCUGCUCAUUCUGUGUGCAUCUAGGCACUCCUCCGUCCCCAACCUCUUACUUUCUUUAAACUCUCCUUCUUUCUCUUAUUCUCAAAACAUGAUUUAGCUUCCUACCUCACCAGGGAUGUACUUCCUCAUCUCUGACAUCCUGUUCUCCCAUCAGCCUUUAUGUCCAAGGAUAAAAUGUCUAUUUAUACUUUGGAUCCUGCUUGCUCUUGCUUUUACAGAUUUAAUUCACCUAUACUUUCCUAUCUCCUAUAUUCACUCCAAUUUCUUUCCUUUCAGUAUGCAUGUCUGUCUCUUCCUACUUAAUCUCUCAGUGUAAACUCGACUAAAAUCUCACCCACUCCCCUACACCUGUACCAACUUUGCAUUUCUUUCUUCUCAUUCAUUUCUUAAUAUUAAAAUAAAUUUUAGUUCACUUCCAA